AUGCAAGGAGACCUAUCUAUAAAUGAGUGGGAUAUUAUCAUAGUACAGGUUGAGAGCCUCUUUCGUGUCGAAUUCACAGCCCGUUCAUUUGUAGCUAUUCUCGAUGAAGCCAAUGCCAUUAUGCGCCAAAUGUUUAGCGAUACAAAUGCACGGGAAUCUGAAAACGCAAUGCGUGAUGUCUUAAGAUCUGCAAGGCAUGUUUUGGCUAUGGAUGUCUUUGCGAAUAAAUCUACAUUAGCAUUCCUUAAGGCAUAUCGUGGUGAAGACAUUCAAAUAGUUGAUAAUGGAUACCAGCCUCGUAUAGGCGAGACAGUUGAAUUUAUUUAUGAUCCGAAUAGCGGAGCUGAAGCUAUGCGAAUAGGAUAUGAUCUUUUGAGACAGGGCAAACGUGUGGCAUUCGUAUCUACUGGAGCAGUGAUGGCUAGAGCGUUAGUAGAAAAAGCAUCUAAGUUGUCUAAGCCUGAUAAUUCACCUGUUAGAGCCCGUGCAUAUUAUGGGGAUAUGGAUGGAAAGCAAAGACAAAUAGACUUUUCUAAUAUUAAUGUCGCUUGGAGUGAGCUUGACUGUAUAGCUUAUACAAAUACAGUGGAAGCAGGAAUAUCAUUCGAGGUUACAGGUCACUUUGAUAUAGUUAUAGCUAUUUCAAAUACCGCCACUCCAGUUCAUGUUGAAGCUCUUGCACAAAUGCUUUACCGAAUUCGUGAUUGUCCUCGCCGUAUUGUUUCUAUAUUCUAUCAGAAAAAUUUCAAUGAACUUUUUCGCCCGCCAGGUCGUGAAAAUAUUCGAGCAGAACUAGCAAAUGCUCGGCCUAAUAAUUUAUCUACAUCAAUAAAGGGCCACCGUGAAUGGGAUAGCAACACCGUUUCUUAUAAAAUCGACGAAUCUCCUGCUGUAAUAACAUUCAUUGAAGUUGAGCAUGAGAAACGCCUUUCUGCAAGAUAUUUUAUUGAGAAGCUUUGCAGUCUUGUAGCCAGUACUGGCGCUUCUCUCCAACUAAUAAAAAUGGAUGAGAGCCGAGGAGUUAUAGGGAAUC